AUGGAAGCAGAAAAUGCCAACAUGCUAGUUAGGCAGACCAAAUAUGUGCACUUGAAGACAGUUCAUCUGACUACAGCACCACAGCUAGAUGAUGAAAAAGGAAAAAUAGAUCCAUCAAAAUCUCUGUCUACUUCCAACAAAAGAAAAAGUGUCCUUAAAAAGAAUAUAUCUGGACUGCCUGCUUAUGAUUUUAACUUUAAUAAACAGAAGACAGUAGAAAAACCAAUAGAACAUCAAUGUGUAACCCAAGAUUCUGAAACACUAACCUCCACAACUAUAUCAGUAAGCUCUGAUGUUGGAAUCAGUGAAUCUGAUGAAAAUACAUUUGUCAAUGACUCUGAUGUUCUGGAAAAGCUGUCCAUACUGGAAUCUAAAGUGGACAAGUUAACUAAAGACUUGAAAGAAUGUAAAGAAAAAAUAGUGGAAAAAAUAGUGGAGAAGUGUGCUGAUAUUUCUGUGCGUCUUGACAAUCUUGACACUAUAUUGAAGAAAACGGAAUCUACCUUGAUUAUUACGGAAAAUGAAUUACAAAUAUUUCCAAUUGACAGGGUACCUGCCUUAGAAAAGUUGGAGAAAGAUCUGGAGGACAAGGCCUAUAAAAAAAAUGUUUUCGCCCACCUGACCAGAUGUAUUGGAUCAGCACUGCCAUCUAAAACAGCUUGCUACAAGUUGGCAGGCAUUAUGUUCACUAAACAGCUACUCACUGAAUACUCAUGGACUGGUAUGAGUAGAAGCUUAGAGAAAAAAGCCUUCAACAGAUUAACUGGGAUUUUGGACAUAUUUUAUAAUGUAGUAUUCAAAUCAGACAAUUCCUUUACAUACCCAGGAAGGGAUAGUUUCUUUCGUGAUUGUAUACUUAAACAUAGUAAUACACGCUUGAAGUUAAAUAAAAAAGUCAAGGCCCCAGCAGAAACCCAGGAAACUAAAGAAAAUGAGGAAAAUCAAAAUCCUGUGACAGAAACCCAAGAAGAGCCACAAGCAAAUGAGGAAACCAUCAAUUCUGUGGAUUCUGAUAAAGAGGAAUUGUAUGAGUAUUUUGUAGUGGAGGAGGAUGGGGAGCUUACAAAGACCCAUCAGUAA